UGAAAUCGUGCAUGGAAACGUUGCUAUUUACUACAGAUGAAUGAAAACUAAUCAAUUUCUACAACACAGAAUAUUCAUAUAAUAACUCGCCAGUUAAACAUAGGAAAAUGCAUCAGAUGUUUCAUGAUAAAUGUUUUCUGUCUGAUCGUAUAGAGUAAAACAAUAAUUAAAGGUGUUGUCUAAACACAUUUCCCGUGGUCUUUUAGUGAAAUUGAUUGGAGUACAAUGAACAUGUAUUACCGAUGCAGUAAAAAAUUAGAAGCGUAAUAAAAUCGACAAAAUAUGAUCUGAAUUUAUUGAGAAAUUGCGUACUUGCCGACCCCCAUAGCAGACAACGUGGGUUUGCCUUCUAUAGACCUGUGCUAUAUAUAAGCUGCCGUUAUUGAGAUUUCACAGAGCUUUAAGUUAAUUUCAAUUUCUCAACAAACUCAUCAAACAGCAGAGAGUAUAUCAAUAUUAAAGACUAAUUACCUGCACGUGCUUCUAGCAGGGGAAAGGAACUAUAGUAGUUCAGUGAAUAACUGAAACAUUAUCUUGAUAAAAAUAAAAUAAACAUCUUAUUUCUUGUAUUCAGGAAGACUUUUACUUCCUUAGCAAUUCCGUGAUGACUGGAUUGGAUGCAUUUGUUGGAAGCUGGCAGGAACAAUCCAAGGAAGGAUUUGAUGAAAUGGCUAGUGCCUUAGGUUUACCGGCUGAUAAAGUCGAACUUUAUAAGGCAGCAAGAACAGCAAUUUCAUACGGAAAAGAUGGCGAUGGUUGGGUAAUAAAUGUUGGCUUGGUUGGUGUUCCUGGUGGCAGAGAAUUUAAGUUUAACUUAGGUCAGCCUUAUGACUCAGCUGAUAUAGACGGUUCUCCAAUGAAGAGUUUAGUUAAUGCUGAUAAUGGGAAACUGAUAGAACAACACACAAAUCAGUCUCUAGGAGCUGAAAUGAAUAUAGAACGAUGGAUAGAAAAUGGACAAAUGCUUGUAAAGACAUCAUGCUCGGGAUUAUCAAUGCUAUCAAAAUAUGCUAAAGUAUAAUGAAAGACAAAUAGAUUUUCAAACCAUUCGAUUUUUUUUGUAUGAAAAUCAUGAAUGUUAUUCAACAAAAAGCAAAGUAAAUGAAUCACAAAGUAUGCUUGAUAUGGGAAAGCUGUAAAGAAACUUUCGGCUCAUUUCUCAUUAGUUAUUAAUAUGCAUAUCAUCUAUGUGUCCACAUUACCAUUAAGUGCUGUAUAUGUUGUUGCAGUCGAUGAUGUUUAUACUGUGUGCCUUCGUCGUCAAACGACAUUUGAAACAUGCGUUAUUUGUUUUGUAGUGUUUACAUUCUUAAAACGUCCAGACUUUGAGAGGAUAGAAAUGAUACUUCGUCAUUAACUAUCUCACUAGAUAUUCUACUAUAACGUAAUCUGAGUAUGUUGACAAAAUUAACAUACGAUGUUGUUAAUUGGCUUGUUCCUCUAAAACUUACACGUUCAUGAAGGCAACAAAAAGGGUACAUAAAAAUGAAAAGCACUAUCGAAUUUGGUUAAUGCUACUUGAAAAUCAUAACUCUCGAGUUGAGUUUAUUCAUAUGGCUAAAAGUGGAAAAGGCGUGAAUCACACACAAUAAAAAUAAGAAAAGGUAAAUGAAAAGUAAGAUCAAAUAAUAUGAGCAACAUUUUAUUGAUGUUCUUAAUAAACGUAGUUUCUAAAAUCCCUGCAGCAAUGACCUAAUAUCAUGAUAAUCCUAUGAUAUUCAAUAUAAUGAAAUUUCGCAUGACGUCUUCAUACAAGUAUGCAUUCGUAGAUUAUUGUAUAUCUUUACACCAAAGUGUCUUAACUGUCAAAUUCGUUUAAAGAGAGUACCAACUAAUAAAUUUACCAAAAUAAGGCAAUCAGUCGUCGCGACGUUAAGGCAUCAAAAAUCAAUCAACCAAUCUGAAUAAUCAAUGGACAAUAACAUGCUCAAAACAUAGCAACAGGUUAAGAAAUGCUAACACAAAUUAUAUCUAAUCUGAAUGUGUGUCGAGUUGUCAAAUGCAAUAUAGUUAUUUUUAGAGUAAAAUACACGGCAAUGAAUUUAGAUAUGAUCUAAAUAAUUAAAACUACACCGUGAAACAUCCUCGAAGAAAAUGUGGCAGAAUUGAAUUAAAGUUUAAUUCAAAAUGAAUAUGAGAACAGCAUGUAUUUAGAUGUAUUUUCCUUGGUAUUCACUGAUUUAUAUCUUCGAAUAAUUAUUUACAAUGCUAAAGGCUUCGGCGUAUAAAGCGUAUAUUUUGAAACUUACUAUUAUGCUUUUUCAAAUAUCAAGCUAUUAUGUUACCAAUCAAAACUUGUUUUCCAAUGAUUUUAUGAUAUUGUCUCCAUCAAUCAGUAUUUCUGUAUUUUAAGAACAAAGUUGUCUCAGCUAAUCAGAAAUGUUUUAUAAAAAAUGAUUUAUCAGUCUUUGUCAAUUGACGUGUGUGAUUGUUGCUUAUAUCACGUUAGUGUAAUUGGUGGAAUAGUUGUCGGCAUAUUUAUCUUAUUUUCUGUUGUUAACAAAUAAUGAAUAUUAUUAUAUUUAUUAAAAGCUUAUCAAGUUAA